GAUGACAUUAUUUCAUCCUUUUUUAUGGCUGAGUAGUAUUCCAUUGUACAUAUGCACCACAUCUUCUUCAUCCAUCCCUCCGUUGAUGGACAUUCAGGUGUUUCCACGUUUUGGCUGUUGGCACCAAGCACAGUUUAGAAAUCAGCUGGCAACAGUUGGAAAUCAGUAUUUCACGUAGAAAUCAGAUUUGUAGCUUUUGUCCAAACACUUUGCACACUUUGGCGGUCCUGGCCCAACCCCCUCAGGGUUGCCUGGGUUAAACAGGUAGUUGCCGAGGCUUGUAGACACCUGCCUGGGCCCAGAAGGAGCAGAGGGGCCAGGACUCCAGGCAGACAGCCCCUUCCUCCCCCACCAAAUAUGUGGUUUUCCCAUUUUGUUCCUGGGGUUUGAGGAACAGGAGCUCCCAGGUGGAAUAGUGCCGCAGGUGACUCCCGAUCCAGGGUGGCCCCAGGUUACUCAAGGCAGUUGGCACUCACUGGGGGACUUCACUCAGACUCUGGGAUUCUGGGUGCCCUGCUAUUUUGCCUUUGGGGGCUCUGGACCAACUUUCCUUCACAGCUUCCACCAGUGGCCAUUUGCACCCUUUGUGACUGCCCUGAGCCUUCCCAUGUCUUACCACCUCCCUGCCCCCUGCCCUGUCCUGGUUCCUAUCGCUGAUGCAGGCCUGGAGGAUGUUGGGGGCCUGGACUCCUGGUCCAGGGCUGCUCCCUUGACACAAGCUUCCUGCUGGGAAUAUGUCAGCCACCCCAAGCCCCAGUCGCUGCAUCUAGGGAUUGCACAUUUUUUUUGGUAACUUUCUCUCCCUGGAGACUGGGAGCCCUAGGGGGAGAGAGAGCUAGCCUGACACACAGGAGAUAUAAUGGGCUUGGUGUGCCCUAGGCAUGGUUAACGAGCUGUUUGGGAAUAAACAAAUGGGCAAAUAAAUGAAUGGUGCUGGGGAAAGAGGGAGCCCCUCUGGGCUAAGCAUUGCAAGCCUGGGGUCCGCUCUCAACUUUGUCAUAAAGGGUCCACCGUGUUCUUCUCUGAGGUGCAGUUUCCUUAUGUAUGAAGCGGAGCUUGCAAGGUUCUUAAAUUCUUGUCAGUGGGCCCUUUUAGAAAAAUUCAGUCUUACGUGGAAGCUUAACAUAACAUGAAUGCAAGGGGUAUGCUCUGAGUGAAGCUGGCGUUAGUGUCUGAGACACAAGACUCACUGAGAAGUUCCAGUAAUCGAGUGAGUGAGGUCUUUGCACAAGAACCAUUGGAACAGAAGAAAGCCUGCGAACAGACUUCACAUGCAUGGCCACCUGACUUAGGACAGAGAGCUGAGGACCCUGCGUGUCUGUUCAUUCGGGCCUGGAGGCAAAAGCAGAUGCGGGCUCUGCAGUGAGCGAGGCCUGGCGGCUGGAGCAGUGCAGGCCCCGUGUGUCCAUGGAGCUGCUGGCUGAGGGGACUCCUGCCCAGCUCCGCCUGCCAGGCUCGGAGAAACCAGAGGCCUAGGCGCACAGGGGUGGGUGUCGGCAGACAGAUGCUCCCCAGGCUGCGGGGUUUCCUGCGUGGACUGCUGGGCGGGUGUGCCAGAGGUGGAGGAUGCCGGCCAAGGGGCGCUACUUCCUCAACGAGGGCGAGGAGGGCCCCAACCACGACACGCUCUACGAGAAGUACCGCCUCACCAGCCAGCAUGGGCCGCUGCUACUCACACUCCUGUUGGUGGCCAUCACUGCCUGCGCCGUCCUCAUCAUCAUCGCCUUCAGCUACGGGGACCCCUCCAGACACCAGGCUGUCCUGGGGACGGCGUUCUUCACGCUUGCCGUGUUUGUGGCUCUCUACGCGCUCGUGUAUGUUGAGUGCCUCGUCCGCCGGUGGCUCAGGGCUUCGGCGGUACUCAUCUGGGCCUGCCUUGUGACGCUGGGCUACGUGCUGGUGUUUGACUCAUGGAUGAAGGAGGCCUGUGACUGGGAGCAGGUGCCCUUCUUCCUGUUCGUGGUCUUCGUGGUGUACACACUGCUGCCCUUCAGCACGCGGGGUGCCGUCGUGGCCGGGGUCGUCUCCAGCACCUCCCACCUCCUGGUGCUCGGCGCUCUGAUGGGGGCCUUCACCACGCCCAGCGUCCGGGUAGGGCUGCAGCUGCUGGCCAACGCUGUGGUCUUCCUGUGCGGGAACCUCACGGGCGCCUUCCACAAGCACCAGAUGCAGGAUGCCUCCCGAGACCUCUUCACCUACACUGUGAAGUGCAUUCAGAUCCGCCGUAAGCUGCGCAUCGAGAAGCGCCAGCAGGAGAACCUGCUGCUGUCCGUGCUGCCUGCCCACAUCUCCAUGGGCAUGAAGCUGGCCAUCAUCGAGCGGCUCAAGGAGCGCGGGGACCGCCGCUACCUGCCUGACAACAACUUCCACAGCCUCUACGUCAAGCGGCACCAGAACGUCAGCAUCCUCUAUGCUGACAUCGUGGGCUUCACGCAGCUGGCCAGCGACUGCUCCCCAAAAGAGCUGGUGGUGGUGCUGAACGAGCUCUUCGGAAAGUUCGACCAGAUCGCCAAGGCCAAUGAAUGCAUGCGGAUCAAGAUCCUGGGCGACUGCUACUACUGCGUGUCAGGCUUGCCUGUGUCCCUGCCCAGCCACGCCCGCAACUGUGUGAAGAUGGGGCUGGACAUGUGUGAGGCCAUUAAGCAGGUGCGGGAGGCCACAGGCGUGGACAUCAGCAUGCGUGUGGGCAUACACUCGGGGAACGUGCUGUGCGGCGUCAUCGGGCUGCGCAAGUGGCAGUAUGAUGUGUGGUCCCAUGACGUGUCCCUGGCCAACAGGAUGGAGGCAGCUGGAGUCCCUGGCCGGGUGCACAUCACAGAGGCGACGCUGAACCACCUGGACAAGGCGUAUGAGGUGGAGGACGGGCACGGGCAGCAGCGGGACCCCUACCUGAAGGAGAUGAACAUCCGCACCUACCUGGUCAUCGACCCCCGGAGCCAGCAGCCGCCCCCGCCCAGCCUACACCUCACCAAGUCCAAGGGGGACGCGACCCUGAAGAUGCGGGCCUCCGUGCGCAUGACCCGCUACCUCGAGUCCUGGGGGGCGGCGCGGCCCUUUGCACACCUCAACCAACGCGAGAACGUGAGCGGCAACGAGACCCCUGUGCCCCACGGGCGGAGGCCCAAGGCCAUUCCCCUACGGCGCCACCGGACCCCUGACAGAAGUGCGUCCCCCAAGGGGCGGUCAGAGGAUGACUCAUACGAUGAUGAGAUGCUGUCAGCCAUCGAGGGCCUCAGCUCCACGAGACCCUGCUGCUCCAAGUCUGAUGACUUCUACACCUUUGGGUCCAUCUUCCUGGAGAAGGGCUUCGAGCGAGAGUACCGCCUGGCACCCAUCCCGCGGGCCCGCUACUACUUCGCUUGUGCCAGCCUUGUGUUCAUCUGCAUCCUGCUCAUCCAUGCCCUGCUGAUGCCCAGGAUGGCGGCUCUGGGUGUGUCCUUUGGGCUGGUAGCCUGCGUGCUCGGGCUGGUACUAGGCUUGUGCUUUGCCCGUGAGCUCUUGAGGUGCUGCCCAGCCCGGGGCGCGCUCCGAGCCAUCUCCGAGAGGGUGGAGACGCAGCCCCUGCUGCGGGUGUCCCUGGCCGUCCUGACCAUCGGCAGCCUGCUCGCCGUCGCCGUCGUCAACCUGCCGCUGAUGCCUUUCCCGGCCCCAGGGCUGCCUGCUGGGAACGAGACGGGCCCGGGGGCCGUGGGCAGCUGGGAGAGGACCCUGUGCAAGCUCCUCCCGUAUUACACCUGCAGCUGUAUCCUGGCCUUCAUCGCCUGCUCUGUCUUCCUGCGGAUGAGCUUGGAGCUGAAGGUCGUGCUGUUGACAGUGGCCUUGGUGGCCUACCUGGUGCUCUUCAACAUCUCCCCGUGCUGGCAGUGGGACUGCUGUGGCUACAGCCUGGGCAACCUCACCAAGACCAAUGGCACCCUCAGCUCCCCGUCCUGUUCAUGGGAUCUGAAGACAAUGAUCAAUUUCUACCUGGUCCUGUUUUACACCACUCUCAUCAUGCUCUCCAGACAGAUUGACUAUUACUGCCGCUUGGACUGUCUGUGGAAGAAGAAGUUCAAGAAGGAACACGAGGAGUUUGAAACCAUGGAGAAUGUGAACCGCCUUCUUCUAGAGAAUGUCCUGCCAGCCCAUGUGGCCGCCCACUUCAUUGGUGACAAGUUAAAUGAGGACUGGUACCAUCAGUCCUAUGACUGCGUGUGUGUCAUGUUUGCAUCCGUGCCGGACUUCAAAGUAUUCUACACGGAGUGCGACGUCAACAAGGAAGGGCUGGAGUGCCUGCGCCUGUUGAACGAGAUCAUAGCUGACUUUGAUGAGCUGCUGUUAAAGCCCAAGUUCAGUGGUGUGGAGAAGAUCAAGACCAUCGGCAGCACGUACAUGGCAGCUGCAGGGCUCAGCAUCCCCUCAGGGCACGAGAACCAGGACCUGGAGCGGCAGCACGCCCACAUCGGCAUCAUGGUGGAGUUCAGCACCGCCCUGAUGAGCAAGCUGGAUGGCAUCAACCGGCACUCCUUCAACUCCUUCCGCCUCCGAGUUGGCAUAAACCAUGGGCCCGUGAUUGCUGGAGUGAUUGGGGCACGAAAACCUCAGUACGACAUCUGGGGAAACACGGUCAAUGUUGCCAGUCGAAUGGAGAGCACUGGGGAACUUGGGAAAAUCCAGGUUACUGAAGAGACAUGUACCAUCCUCCAGGGACUAGGUUAUUCUUGUGAAUGCCGUGGACUGAUUAACGUCAAAGGCAAAGGCGAACUGCGGACUUACUUUGUCUGUACGGAUACUGCCAAGUUUCAAGGGUUGGGGCUGAACGGAGGGCUUUAGGUAGGUGCAGAACGUGCUGGAAGCCGAUUUCCUUCCCUGAAGCAAGCCGGGGGGAAGGCUCAGCCCCACGGCGGUCACAAAGGCAGUCCAAGGGUUUGGCCAUUAUCACCCCCAGCAGGUGGUUGUGCAUGGCUUCCCUGAACUGGCACUAGAGGAUUUCUCAGCUUGAGGCGACCACCAAGCCUUACACACAGGCAGCCAGAGCCUCUGUGCUGUCGGAGUCUGCAGCUCGGCCUCCAGCACAGCAGGGAACGGCUCAUUUGUGAGUUUUAGACCCUCAUCCCCCCGGGUGCUGUGGAUGAGACCUCAGAGCGUGACCUGGAGACCCCUGCCCACCCCUGCUCCCCCUUGGCCUGUGAGCUGCACAGGCGAGACUCGAAAUUUCUUUUCUUGUCCAGGAUGGGUGGAGACUCCUUUCUCCCCAGCAGAACAGCUACAAGAGUCCACGUUUCUCAUACAGGCAUUCUGGUAAAGAGUUGAAAGGGUGCUUGUUUUAAAUCUAUAAAUGGUUUCAAGCAAUUGGGAGAAAACCCCACAGUGGACACUUCUUACUUCUUGUCAUCUUUGGUAUGUGUCUGUUUUAAAUGGAUACAUUGUUAAUGGAGGUAUUUCUUAUCCUUUAAAUGACUUCUGAGAUGCUAGACAAAUUAUCUUCUCUGCAGCGUAGUCUCUGCCUUUGUAACCACUGACACGUAAGUGGGACCACUGUCCAGUGUGAGCAUAUGAGAUCAGCUCAGCUGUGGGAUGGAGCUCAGAGGAAUGCGGCUCAUAGCAGGAAGGCAAGGAGUGUCACAGCCUUGGCUUUGAAUCAAACAACUUUGAAGCCAGAAUUUUGAGAUUAGGUUUAAUAUGAGAAAAGCCUAGAAAAUAAGGUAUAAGCUCUUAGCCCUUCCUUGGCUCCUCAUGCAUUUUUGAGCACCCGCUGCAACCUUCAACUCUGUCUUAGCUUUAUACUGGAAAGGAAUGGUGUCUGUGUGGAGAGAAGCUGGACAGCCUGUAGUGCUUUCCUUUCCUUCAGUCCUCAUAGCUAGCUCUGAAGAGCUUCAAAACUAAGAGCAUCUACUCAGCAUCAGCACCUGUAGAGCUUCCUGUAUCUGGGAGGCCAGCCCUCUCACAGGUGCUCCGAUGUCCUUGUUCUCAACUCAAUGAAUCAAGGCAAGGGAAAACACCAGGUCUGUGAGGUGGUGUCUUACAGCACUUUAAAAGAAUGGAAAGAAGUCUACCUAUGUUGUUUCAAGGUGAGAAAUAAUAACCAAACUGCCCGUUCCUUUUUCUGAACUGACGUCAUUGCCUCAUAACCACAGUAUCCCUGGGGUUUCUGAUAAAUACAGCUGAAUUUCACUAUCUAGCAGGAAUUCUUAGCCAGAAGUCAUCCAUGAACUCCUCUGAAAUUAUGCAGAAAAUCUUGCAUACGUGAGGCUUCAAAAGAUGACACAACGUUGCAGACAGGUGACUAAGCAGCCAGGUCUGCCUGGGACGGAGGGCUGUGGGGUGUGCUGGCACCCCAGCCACAGGCAGGGAGGGGACUGAAGCCCAAGCUGCUGCCUGCUGGUGCUGUGUCUUGUUGGGGGCUGGGUGGGCUAGUGGCAGCUCUGAUGCUCUGCAUGAAACUGGAAUAGGUAGGAAUCAAUCACAAGAACUUGCUGGCCUAAAGGAAUUUCAUUGUGAAAAUGCUGGUAAGGGAAAUAAGCCGUACUUAAAUUGCCUUUUUUACACACCAAUUCUUCAUCUAAGUACUAUGCUGAAAUCUAUACCCUUAAAAUCAGGAGUGACCAGGGCUGCUCAAUAGGGCUCUCCUGGGAAGUCAGGAGGGUCCUGUCACGGAUAUGCUGUAGACACACAUCAGUGUGCUGGGCCUCUCUGAGGUGGGCAUACUUCUGCUCUUGCAAUAUGCAAAUUACUUUCUACCUCUGGCAAAGAAACCCCAGCUGGGAGUUUAAAAAGUAAUUGGCUACCAUUUGUGUAUUUUUCUUUCACUGUGCUCAGAUAAGAAUAUUGUUUUGAGGU